AUGACCCUCGGGAAUGACGAGGUGCCGCGAGCAGCAGCAGAUGCUGCUGGGGCAGUGCGGCGACAGCAGGAUCACGUGCCUGCCGUGGUGUGCCAUCUACCGCCUGCGCGCCCAGCUGCCGCCCGCUGUCGUUGUCGAUGGUGCGCUGCCCACGCUGCAUUCCCCGUGCUCUCAUUCCACGCCGCAUUCCCCGUGCUCUCAUUCCACGCUGCAUUCCCCGUGCUCUCAUUCCAUGUCGCAUUCCCCGUGCUCUCAUUCCACGCUGCAUUCCCCGUGCUCUCAUUCCACGCCGCAUUCCCCGUGCUCUCAUUCCACGCCGCAUUCCCCGUGCUCUCAUUCCACGCCGCAUUCCCCGUGCUCUCAUUCCAUGCCGCAUUCCCCGUGCUCUCAUUCCACGCCGCAUUCCUCGUGCUCUCAUUCCACGCCGCAUUCCCCGUGCUCUCAUUCCACGCCGCAUUCCCCGUGCUCUCAUUCCACGCCGCAUUCCCCGUGCUCUCAUUCCACGCCGCAUUCCCCGUGCUCUCAUUCCACGCAGCAUUCCCCGUGCUCUCAUUCCACGCCGCAUUCCCCGUGCUCUCAUUCCACGCUGCAUUCCCCGUGCUCUCAUUCCAUGCCGCAUUCCCCGUGCUCUCAUUCCACGCCACAUUCCCUGUGCUCUCAUUCCACGCCGCAUUCCCCGUGCUCUCAUUCCAUGCCGCAUUCCCCGUGCUCUCAUUCCACGCCGCAUUCCCCGUGCUCUCAUUCCACGCUGCAUUCCCCGUGCUCUCAUUCCAUGUCGCAUUCCCCGUGCUCUCAUUCCACGCUGCAUUCCCCGUGCUCUCAUUCCACGCCGCAUUCCCCGUGCUCUCAUUCCACGCCGCAUUCCCCGUGCUCUCAUUCCACGCCGCAUUCCCCGUGCUCUCAUUCCAUGCCGCAUUCCCCGUGCUCUCAUUCCACGCCGCAUUCCUCGUGCUCUCAUUCCACGCCGCAUUCCCCGUGCUCUCAUUCCACGCCGCAUUCCCCGUGCUCUCAUUCCACGCCGCAUUCCCCGUGCUCUCAUUCCACGCCGCAUUCCCCGUGCUCUCAUUCCACGCAGCAUUCCCCGUGCUCUCAUUCCACGCCGCAUUCCCCGUGCUCUCAUUCCACGCUGCAUUCCCCGUGCUCUCAUUCCAUGCCGCAUUCCCCGUGCUCUCAUUCCACGCCACAUUCCCUGUGCUCUCAUUCCACGCCGCAUUCCCCGUGCUCUCAUUCCAUGCCGCAUUCCCCGUGCUCUCAUUCCACGCCGCAUUCCCCGUGCUCUCAUUCCACGCCGCAUUCCCCGUGCUCUCAUUCCACGCAGCAUUCCCCGUGCUCUCAUUCCACGCCGCAUUCCCCGUGCUCUCAUUCCACGCCGCAUUCCCCGUGCUCUCAUUCCACGCCGCAUUCCCCGUGCUCUCAUUCCACGCGGCAUUCCCCUUGCUCUCAUUCCAUGCCGCAUUCCCCGUGCUCUCAUUCCACGCCGCAUUCCCCGUGCUCUCAUUUCACGCCGCAUUCCCCGUGCUCUCAUUCCACGCUGCAUUCCCCGUGCUCUCAUUCCAUGCCGCAUUCCCCGUGCUCUCAUUCCACGCCACAUUCCCUGUGCUCUCAUUCCACGCCGCAUUCCCCGUGCUCUCAUUCCAUGCCGCAUUCCCCGUGCUCUCAUUCCACGCCGCAUUCCCCGUGCUCUCAUUCCACGCCGCAUUCCCCGUGCUCUCAUUCCACGCCGCAUUCCCUGUGCUCUCAUUCCACGCCGCAUUCCCCGUGCUCUCAUUCCACGCCGCAUUCCCCGUGCUCUCAUUCCACGCAGCAUUCCCCGUGCUCUCAUUCCACGCCGCAUUCCCCGUGCUCUCAUUCCACGCCGCAUUCCCCGUGCUCUCAUUCCACGCCGCAUUCCCCGUGCUCUCAUUCCACGCUGCAUUCCCCGUGCUCUCAUUCCAUGCCGCAUUCCCCGUGCUCUCAUUCCACGCCGCAUUCCCCGUGCUCUCAUUUCACGCCGCAUUCCCCGUGCUCUCAUUCCACGCUGCAUUCCCCGUGCUCUCAUUCCACGCCGCAUUACCCGUGCUCUCAUUCCACGCCGCAUUCCCCGUGCUCUCAUUCCACGCCGCAUUCCCCGUGCUCUCAUUCCACGCCGCAUUCCCCGUGCUCUCAUUCCACGCCGCAUUCCCCGUGCUCUCAUUCCACGCCACAUUCCCUGUGCUCUCAUUCCACGCCGCAUUCCCCGUGCUCUCAUUCCAUGCCGCAUUCCCCGUGCUCUCAUUCCACGCCGCAUUCCCCGUGCUCUCAUUCCACGCUGCAUUCCCCGUGCUCAUUCCAUGUCGCAUUCCCCGUGCUCUCAUUCCACGCCGCAUUCCCCGUGCUCUCAUUCCACGCCGCAUUCCCCGUGCUCUCAUUCCACGCCGCAUUCCCCGUGCUCUCAUUCCACGCCGCAUUCCCUGUGCUCUCAUUCCACGCCGCAUUCCCCGUGCUCUCAUUCCACGCCGCAUUCCCCGUGCUCUCAUUCCACGCCGCAUUCCCCGUGCUCUCAUUCCACGCCGCAUUCCCCGUGCUCUCAUUCCACGCCGCAUUCCCCGUGCUCUCAUUCCACGCCGCAUUCCCCGUGCUCUCAUUCCACGCCGCAUUCCCUGUGCUCUCAUUCCACGCCGCAUUCCCCGUGCUCUCAUUCCACACCGCAUUCCCCGUGCUCUCAUUCCACACCGCAUUCCCCGUGCUCUCAUUCCACGCCGCAUUCCUAGCCUCUCCCCGCCUCUUUACUCUUAUCCACGCCUCUGGACACCUCUCCACGCCGCGCCCUGCCUCUUUCCACGCCUCUCCACGCCCCUAUACAACCUUUAA